CCAGAGGAAGAAUCGCUGCUGUAAGCGACAGAGAAAGCGCAAGACAAACACGCUAAUUCGCAGUUUACCUCGGUGUGACUCGUAAAUCUCCGUACGUCGCGAAACACCCGCGCGAGUUUAUGAAUGAAAAACUUCCCAAACAGCAAAGACGCGGACGUUUUCUCACUGUUUAUCGACGCACCUGGACCAGAACCUAUUGUUUGGUUCAACUGGGUUAAACGCGACUCGCUACUUUUUGUAAAAAAAAAAAAAAACAGGCGCGCUACACGAGAGAAAUCUGGCUGAGUAGCUUGUUUUGAUUCAAUUCAGCGUGGGGUAUUUUCUACGGAGAUCGCUUGUUUUGGAGUAAUGAUUUACAAACCUAAAUAACUCCCACAAGAAGUGCCACUUCAACACAACCCAGUGCUCACAAUAACAUUCAGAGGUAGCUCUAUGCUGCCGGUGUUGAUGGGCCAGUGCUGCCCACAGCUGUGCGAAUGAGCUGUCUCGGCCCACCCUCCUCGCCCAGCUGCCCUGGCAUGGCUUCUCUAAGGAAGAUGAAGUCAUGGCAUUUGCUUCUCCUGUGGGUUAUUCUAGCUCAGCUCCCCUUGGCCCACUCACGUCCCGCAGUAACCGAACAAGUCCGAACAGAGGUGAAAAUGGAGCUGUACACAUUGUUCCUCGGGGAGCGUUUGGUGCUGCAGUGCUUGGCUCAAGACGAGACCCCAGUCGUAGGCCUAGCGGUCAUCUGGACUAAAGACCACGCUGCAGUGCUGAAUGGAGACCACAUGCGGGUGAACGGGGGCCAGCUGGAGAUCGGGUCAGUGGAGCUGACAGACUCUGGGCUUUACUCCUGCACUGUCCAGAGCUUGUUCGGCAACCACUCUACCUAUUUCAUCGUUAACGUGACAGGUCAUGCAGUAGCGUCUUCUGAGGAUGAGGACGACGAUGAGUCAUCGUCAGAAGAAAACAAGCCAUCAAGUAGCCAGGAGCUCUUACCGAUGGUGCCUCAUUGGGCCCAACCUGAAAAGAUGGAAAAAAAGCUUCAUGCCGUACCGGCCAGCAAAACGGUGAAAUUCCGAUGUCAGGCCGAGGGAAACCCGACGCCGAAACUACGCUGGCUCAAGAAUGGAAAAGAGUUCAAAAGAGACCAGCGCAUCGGGGGCUACAAGCUGCGGGAACACAUGUGGACCAUAAUCAUGGAGUCCGUGGUGCCCUCAGACAAGGGCAACUACACAUGCCUUGUGGAGAACGAAUACGGAAGCAUCAAUCACACCUAUCAGCUGGAUGUAGUGGAGCGAUCGCCUCACAGGCCCAUCCUGUACGCUGGUCUUCCUGCAAACCGAACGGCUGUGGUCGGCAGUGACGUAGAGUUCGUCUGCAAGGUGUUCAGCGAUCCCCAGCCUCACAUUCAGUGGCUCAAACACAUACUGGUGAAUGGAAGCAAAUUGGGACCUGAUGGACUCCCUUACGUACGCAUCCUAAAGACGGCUGGCCUCAACACCACCGACAAGGAGAUGGAGGUGCUCCAGUUGAGGAAUGUGUCCUUUGAGGAUGCUGGGGUGUAUACUUGCUUGGCGGGCAAUUCAAUUGGGAUCUCCCAUCAUUCAGCUUGGUUGACCAUUGUCAAAGCCCCCACCACUCCCUCUGCAGUCCCCAGUCAGUCCUACCUGGAGGUGCUGAUCUACUGCAUUGGAUUCUUCCUCAUCGUCCUCAUGGUAGGAAUCGCCACCAUCGUCAAAGUCUGCAGCUCCUCCAAGAAGAGCGACUUCAACAGCCAGCUGGCCGUCCAUAAGCUGGCCAAAAGCAUUCCUCUCCGCAGACAGGUGUCGGUGGAAUCCAGUUCCUCUCUGAACUCUGGUGUGAUGUUGGUCCGACCUUCACGACUCUCCUCCAGCGGGUCGCCAAUGCUGUCAGGGGUGUCUGAGUACGAGCUGACCCAGGACCCGUGCUGGGAGGUGCCCCGAGAGAGACUAGUACUUGGGAAACCUCUGGGCGAGGGCUGCUUUGGGCAGGUGGUGAUGGGCGAAGCCAUUGGACUGGACAAAGACAAGCCCAACCGCAUAACUAAAGUCGCUGUGAAGAUGCUGAAAUCUGACGCCACUGAGAAGGACCUGUCUGACCUCAUCUCAGAGAUGGAGAUGAUGAAGAUGAUUGGAAAACACAAGAACAUCAUCAACCUGCUCGGAGCUUGUACCCAGGAUGGCCCUCUUUAUGUCAUCGUGGAAUACGCCUCUAAAGGAAACCUGCGGGAAUAUCUGCGUGCCCGCCCGCCGCAUGGCAUGGAGUACUGUUACAAUCCUGACCAGGUGCCUGUGGAGAGCAUGUCCAUUAAAGACUUGGUCUCCUGUGCCUACCAGGUGGCUCGUGGCAUGGAGUACCUGGCAUCCAAAAAGUGUAUCCACAGAGACUUGGCAGCACGCAAUGUACUUGUAACAGAGGACAAUGUAAUGAAGAUAGCAGACUUCGGUCUGGCCCGGGACGUUCAUCACAUAGAUUACUACAAGAAGACUACAAAUGGCCGGCUGCCUGUCAAAUGGAUGGCACCUGAGGCUUUGUUUGACAGGAUUUACACACAUCAAAGUGACGUAUGGUCUUUUGGUGUUCUUCUGUGGGAGAUCUUCACUCUGGGGGGCUCGCCGUAUCCAGGAGUGCCUGUGGAAGAGCUCUUCAAGUUGCUACGAGAAGGUCAUCGCAUGGACAGACCCUCAGCCUGCACUCAGGAGAUAUACCUGAUGAUGAAAGACUGCUGGCAUGCGGUUCCCACACAGAGGCCAACUUUUAAACAGCUGGUAGAAGACCUUGAUCGCACUCUGUCCGUGAUAUCCAAUCAGGAGUAUCUGGACCUCUCCGUUCCCCUGGAGCCCAUGUACUCUCAGGUCAUCCUGAAUGAACGGAGUUCCACCUGCUCCUCCGAGCCGGACUCAGUGUUUUUAAGAGAGUCUGGACCUGAAGAACCCUGCAUCCCACCGACAGUUCCCCCACAACAAACUGUACGAUCCUUCAAAAAACGCUGACAGUAGAGAACACCUGUACCUCCAUGUUCAUAGAGGAUCUCUCUACAUCUUUCUGCUUCCUUUGACUCGUAAACUCUGCAGGCUCAGAGACUGAGGAGUUCCGCCUGGGCCAUUCUAGCUCAGAAACGCAAGCAGGAGGACCAGCAGACUCUAAAACAAGACUGAUCACAACAGAGAGGGAACUAUCAAACUUUUUGUUCAUCGCUUGUCCUUCAGAGGGAUCGAUCCUCACAAAUAAGAUGUUCGCAAAGCAUCACAGAAGGAUAAAAUGGUCGUCGAUGCCAACAAAGUCAAUGGGGUGGAGAUAUAAUUUCAAGUGUUGGCUUUGUAAAUGAAGUUAAAUUGUACAAACAUGAAAUUAUAUAAACACUAUGUUUUUAUAUUACUAUUAUAAUUAUUAUUAUUUUUGUAUGAGUUUAUCCCCUUUUAUGUUCAAACAUGAUCCGCAGCACCGUGUCCUAACCAGCCUGGCGACAUUUCGUCGUUGCUUGGUUUCUAUUUCUGCAGUCUAGCAAUGAAAUCUCAUUAGGAUUCUCAUAGGAUAUUUUAUUAAGAAUGAAGUGUGUAAUUUUGUUGUUUUGAAGAUGUUCAGAUACUUUCUUGUAUCUCAGCGAUUCAAAAACGCCAUUUGUAGGUCGGUUCCCUGAAAAUUAUAAACACUAUUUCACUCUCAAAACAUUUCUCUAUUUGAUCCUGACCUGCUCAGUGUAGCAGUAUUGGCUUGAUCAGUAUCUUGAAUUUGGGGCGGGACCAUCUGUUUGUUCGACCAAUGGAAGAUGAAGUAAAAGUUUAGGAAACCUGUUUGAAAACAGUUGUUAUUUUAUGCUGUUUGGCAAUACUAGUCGUGCAGAAAUUACACACUUUACCUUUAAACAUCAAAUAUGUUCUGACUGGCUUGCAUUUUCUCUUUCACUGUGGAAAAAUGAAUAACUUAUGGUUAAAAAUGUCAUCUUGUGCCUGUUUAGAAGAUGGUGUCACACAGAUUUCUAUAUGUUAAAAAUAAGCUACAAAUGAAAUCUGUUACUAUUGCUUGCUGUUACGAUCGUAAGAUGCGAUUGCAGUGUCCCGAAACACUAAACUCAAGUGUGAAUGAAUGUUUAGUACGUAUUAAUAUGAAACAGCUGGAAUAUGCAUGUCUGUUUAGCAUCAGCAUGGUGGUUGACAAUCUGUUAGCACCAGUUUCAAAGCAUAGCAUGUCUGUAGCUUCUUCAUUAUUUUAAGCUAGACUCUCAAACGACAGGGUUUAUAUGACAGGAUUGGCAACUUAUUGAAUGGAACAGUGUAAAAUUUUGUUUUUGAAUAGAGUUUUGAUGCUUGUGUGAUUAUGUAUGUCCUGAUGUGAAUUUCAAGGCAGUGGCCAUGCACUUAUAUUCAGGCUGUCAAUAAGCUGACUGAUAAUGCCUUUCCU